UAUCAUCUUUCAAUUUCCAAAAAAGCAGGAGAAUAACAUAGAAAGACUGAAACUAAGACAAGCCCAAUUCUUUCAAAGCUACACUUCUUCAUCUUCGUCGUACGUCUUCUUCUACUUCUUCUUCUUCUGCUGCUGCUUCUUCUUCUUCUUCUUCAGAGCUCCACACGAACAGAGGAAGAAUCAAAGAUAAUUUCCAUGCAUUCUUUAACAUCGAGCUACCCAUUACUACACAGAACAUGGCUCUUCUCUUCAUUUUUCUACUCCUUCAUCUCUCUCUCCAUCUCCGAUCCUCGAAUCACACAAUCCGGCCUCUUCUGUGGCAACUCAUCACGCUUUAAGGACGUAGUCCCAGCUUUUGUUAAAGAAAUGGAAACACUUUCGCAGCAAAUAACAAAUACCCAUUUCGCCACUUACCACCUCAACAACUCCACAGUACCCAUCUACGCUUUAGCCCAAUGCCAUCAAGACCUUUCUCAGACUGAUUGCCUCCUCUGCUACGCCGCCUCUCGGACCAAGAUCCCCCGUUGUCUCCCUUCCCUCUCUGCUCGCAUCUAUCUUGAUGGGUGCUUUCUACGGUAUGAUAAAUACGAUUUUUUUCAGGAGGCUGUGUCCCCUUCUCUUGAUUCUGUCAAAUGUAGCGAGGGGAAUGUUUCGGGUAUUGGUGAUGAGAAUGGGAAGUUGAAAUUUGCGAGGAGUGUUAGCUAUGCGGUUGCUAAUGUGAGUAAUAAAGCUGUGGAGAAUGGUGGAUUUGCUGCUGUAGGGAUUGAGGGUGUUUAUGCUUUGGCUCAGUGUUGGGAGAGUGUUGGAGAAGAUGGGUGUAGAGAGUGUUUGGAGAAGGCAGAAAUGGAGGUGAAAGGAUGCUUGCCUAGAAAAGAAGGCAGAGGGAUGAAUGUUGGCUGCUAUUUGAGAUACUCGACUGAAAAGUUCUUUGAUCAUGGAGUAGAAUCAGGGGAUACUCAUGGAUUUUCUGGCUUAGGGGUUACAAUUGCUAUUGCUUUAGCAGCAGCUGCACUCCUCAUGUUGUCUCUCUUUGCAGCAUAUGCUACCUAUAGAAGAUUAAUGAAGGAAAAAGAAGAACGCAUCAAUCUGGAAAAAGUUUCAAUCAGUUUCCACAAAUCAAGUUUGAAUUUCAAGUAUGAGACCCUGGAAAAGGCCACGGAUUAUUUCAAUCCUUCAAGGAAAAUAGGUCAAGGAGGAGCUGGUUCUGUAUUUGUGGGGACUCUUCCAAAUGGCCAGAAUGUUGCAGUUAAAAGAUUGAUUUUCAAUACAAGACAAUGGGUGGAUGAAUUCUUCAAUGAGGUAAACUUAAUCAGUGGAAUUCAACACAAGAACCUUGUUAAGCUUUUGGGAUGUAGUAUUGAAGGUCCUGAGAGUCUUCUGGUUUAUGAGUAUGUCCCUAACAAGAGCCUUGAUCAGUUCAUUUUUGCAGGAAAGAACAAAACCAGAAAUCUGAACUGGAAGGAGCGGUUUGAUAUCAUUGUUGGAACUGCAGAGGGGCUUGCAUAUCUUCAUGGAGGUUCUCAAGAGAGAAUUAUCCACAGAGAUAUUAAAAGCAGUAAUGUUCUUCUUGAUGAGAAUCUCACUCCCAAGAUUGCAGAUUUCGGACUUGUUCGUUGUUUUGGUGCUGAUAAGACUCAUCUUAGCACUGGAAUUGCAGGAACAAUAGGUUAUAUGGCUCCGGAGUAUCUGAUACGAGGGCAGCUGACUGAGAAAGCUGAUGUUUACAGUUAUGGAGUACUUGUUCUUGAGAUUGUAAUGGGUAAAAGAUGUAAUGCUUUCAUUGAAGACUCCAGAUCACUUCUGCAAACAGUAUGGCAACUUUACAGAUCAAAUAAAUUGGAAGAAGCUGUUGAUCCUUGCCUCAGAGAUGAGUUUCCAUUACAGGAGGCGUCUCGAGUGCUUCAAAUCGGCCUUUUAUGCACACAGGCCUCAGUUGCAUUAAGACCAUCCAUGGCAGAAGUCGUGGGAAUGCUAAAUAACAUUGAUCAUUCUGUAAUUCCUUCCCCAAAUCAACCUCCAUUUAUGAAUGCUACUGUGCUAGAGCCUGAAAGCUCCAGAAGAUCUUACAGCACAAACAGUUUUGUUUCAAAUGCAGCAACAAAAGUUGAAGCUUAUUCUUACACUUCCACUGAAUCCUCCAGCAUGAACAGCUCAGAUAGGCCAUCAAAAAGUGAAGAAUUAAGACAAACAAAUCCCAACUAGAAUCCCCAUGUUUCAAAGAUUAUCAAGUACACAAAAUUUCCUUACAAUAGUUUUUGAGGUAAGCCUUGCUUGAGUUAAAAACAGUGAUUUUUAGCAGCUAUAGUUUAUGGAUGUUCUUUCACUUGGAAGAUUUGCAAGCAAGGACAUGCAACCUUUUGGACAAAUCCAAAGAGAUAAUUCUAGGAAAGGUCUAGCUUAUCAUUAAAAGCUUUUUGUUGUGAAGAUUUACAGCAACAGAUAAUUCUGUUGUUUGAUUUAUUAAUAUCUUUAUCUUUAUUCA